UCUUUACUCGUGGUUUACACUCCUCCUCCUCCUUCUGGUCCACAUUGAGCCAGUUCUCUUCUGUUCUCGCCUCUGUAAUAAAGGAGAGCGAGGGCGCCGCUGGUGCUGUCAACAUGUGGACGGACAUGUUUCUUUUUCAUGUUUGAGUCGUGAAGGGUUCCCGCGGACGUAUGGAUACGGUCGGCGGCGACAACCCGCGGAGACGCACGAGGAGCGCGCGAGCAGUCUGCAGACAACGAAUCGGAGCGCGAGCCGACGAGUCCAACGUGCUGCGCUGCCUCAGCGUGGGAAACACGGAAGAGGACCAUGACAUGAAGGGGGACACCGACCUCUUUAAGCAGGACAACCUGGGGCUGAGGGUCAUGGCGCCCCGCUACAGUCUGCUGCGGGAGGUGGGGAGGGGUACGUACGGCGUGGUGUACGAAGCGGUGGCGCGGAGAUCCGGCGCUAAAGUUGCCGUGAAGAAACUGCGAUGCGACGCGCCGGAAAAUGUGGAGCUCGCCCUGCAGGAGUUCUGGGCGCUGGCAAGUCUGGAGAAACGGCACCAGAAUGUGGUCCAGCUGGAGGAGUGUGUGCUGCAGAGGAACGGGAUGGCCCAGAAAAUGAGCCACGGCAACAAACGGUCCAAACAGUACCUGCGACUGGUGGAGACUUCAUUAAAAGGUGAGAGAGUGCUCGGCCCUCCAGAGGAGCCGUGUUACCUCUGGUUCGUCAUGGAGUUCUGUGAAGGCGGCGACCUCAACCAGUUCAUCCUGUCCCGGCGGCCCGACUCGCGAACCAACAACAGCUUUAUGCUCCAGCUGACCAGUGCUGUCGCCUUCCUGCAUGAAAACAACAUCGUCCACAGAGAUCUCAAACCCGACAACAUCCUCAUCUCAGAGAAGUCAGGGGCUCCGGUUCUCAAGGUGGCCGACUUCGGCCUCAGUAAAGUUUGCGCCGGUUUAGGAAAUGCCAGCGAGGGCAAGGUUGGUGAAGACAAGAACAAAAACAUCAAUGUCAACAAGUUUUGGCUGUCGUCAGCGUGUGGCUCAGACUUCUAUAUGGCUCCCGAGGUGUGGGAAGGCCACUACACAGCCAAGGCUGACAUAUUUGCCCUAGGCAUCAUCAUCUGGGCCAUGCUGGAGAGAAUUACUUUUAUUGACGCGGAGUCUAAGCGGGAGCUGCUGGGUACAUAUGUGAGGCAAGGAGCAGACAUUGUGCCGGUGGGUGAGGCACUGCUAGAGAAUCCAAAGAUGGUACUGGACAUCCCACAGAAACGCAGGUCGUGCAUGUCUGACGGAGUGAGGAAGCUGCUGCAGGACAUGCUCGCCGUCAACCCUCAGGACCGGCCCAACGCUUCAGAGCUGCAGGCCAGAAUGGACCAGGUUAUGUGUGCUGCAUGACCCUCAAACCCUUUUUACAGAUUUGUGACUCUUACCUGGAGCUGCUACAUCAGUGAGGGUCUCCUGUUUUAAUCUGAAGAAUGUGAAGAUAAGGGAGAGGCAAGGGAGAGCAGUUACUCCUGAAGUCCGGAGGCUGAAAUGGGACUUUUGUUUACAGUGAAGUCAUCUGCCAAUUCUGCUAGAGAAUGUUUGUCUUGCCUUCAAUAUAUUACGAUGAAGCAAGAAACAUUAGGUCUGCUGCUCGGCGGGAAGCUUGAGGAAACUGAUGCACUGAUCGAUGGGAGGGAUGAAGGGAAAGGUCUGGAGAAAUUCCCGUCAGAGAACAUGAGUUAGUGGCACUGUGCCAAGGCCGGUGUAGUGACUGACUCUAAACCGAAGCCACAGCAUUAGUUUAAAUAUGUGUGUGUUCACAGGGGUGAACGUCCAUGUGUCUGGCACUAUGGUUAUAUUUAAUGAAAACACUGUGACAUCCUCUUGUUUCGUGUGAGUUUCUGUUAUUUUGACAGUUAGGGUUGUUCCACAUGCUUACCUGUCUUGUGUUGGUGUAUUUCCUGUUGUUUGCCUGCGAUCUAGUAAACAGGACUGCCACGUGUUGCCUCAGUGAGAUUUGACAGCUUUAUGUGAUGACAGAAAACAGUGUCAGCGGCCCUUUUUCUGUUGCUGGGGCUCAGUUUCUCCAGACAUCUGUUGGUUUACAUUCAGGCAUUGGAGUCAUGGUUAGUUAUUAGCAGUGGGUCAUAUGUGUAAAAUCCAUUGCCAUGGGAUAUGUAACUCUUUAUUACGAUAUAUAUCGCAAUAUAAUCAGUUCAUUGAGGCCAUUUGGGCUAAGCCAGUGAAUCAGAUACUUGAAAAAAAUUCUGAUAUAAAGUAGCCAUGCUUAUUGAUUUGCAGCAUUGCCCACAAUGCCCUCCUGCAUCCAAAGCUUUUAAAGUAAUAGUUAGCUAGUAUAAACGAUAGAGCAGAAUUAAUAAUGCCUGACAGAUUUCUAAAGUGUCCCAGUAAAGAUCGCCAUAUGCCGUCAUAUAAUCGUAAUAUAAAUAAUUCUAUAUAUUUGUGGCCUGGGUUUGGUUUUUUGUUGGCAUUGUUAACACACCUAACUCCUUUCUUCGGCCACCUUUCUAUGGUCCACAUCAGUGUUGCAAACGGUCCUUCUAUUCAGUGCUUAAAUACACAUCUUCAGUGAAAUGCAGUUAGCAGACCAGCUUUCACUGAAGAUGGAGAGUAAUUUCAGUUAGUUGUUGUUUCUCCUGAACAUGUUUGAUACAAUUUUUGUCGCCACAAAUGCAAGGUCAGGUCAGAUUUAAGACAAAUUGAAGUUGAGGAGUGCAUUUUUUGUGUUUUUAGUUGCCCCUUUUUGGUCAUAAAAGGUAAAUUUGAAACAGUCUUUACAAACAGAAAUGUGAAAACAUGUCUGUUAUUAAUACGUUGUGGAAAGCUAUAUGAGCAGAAAUGUCUCAAACUAGAAAUGCCUGUGAAUGUUAGUUUUAAUAAGGAGUAUAACUGGAUAAUUUUACCCCCACUUCUUUGCCUUUUGAAAGCCAGUGUAGAGAGCAGGUCGUGGGCACAUAACUUUUUAUUUUCCACUAAUCUAAUUCUUUAUACCUAUGGUGCCUUUAAAUUGCUUGUCAGGUAAAAUUUGGCUCAAGAUCAGCUGCUGUAUUGUUCUUUGAUUUGGCACUCCAAAUCCUUUUUCAGGGUAUAUGGUCUCGAUGAUUUUCGUUCAGAGUGUAAUUAUGGAUGAGGACCGAUGCACGUAAUUUGCCCAAAGAAAAAUAUGUUUUUUUUAAAUUGCCAUGUGAUCAUUUUUACAUUUUACUGUGGACCAUUUAUUUGUGGAGUAAAAUCAUAAUUUUAAAGGGAAUGAUGUUUGAACAGCCAUGUUCUGGGAGCGCAAUUAUUUCAUACACUUUAGGUUGCAUUGGAAGUUCUAAACUAUAAUGAGCAGGUUUUGUUUCUUGUUGAGAAGUAAUCACUCUAAAUGUAAAAAUCUGGCCUUUGUGAGAUGUAACUGUGUCUGCGAUCAAAAGUGGAAUGUGAAAAAUAAGGAGUGUGGAUGCAUUUUGGAUCAUUUGUACAGCUGUUGUAACUGUUCUUGCCCUGAAACCAAAGGUCAGCAGCUGAAUGAUUUCUCCUUAAGUCUAUCGUAUGUUGAACUGAACUGGGACCCUGAGUGAUUUAACAGAAUCCCGUUUCUUUGUGAUUAUACUACCUCAUGUUUCUGCACAUGUUCACCUUUUCUUUAAUGAGCCAUCGUUUCAUUUUUUCCGACAAAGACAUUCCUCAGCUAGAGACGAAACCCGGCAGAUUUCAGAGUGACGGCUUUAUGUUUCACAUCAUCGCAGUGUGCGUGGGUGUGUGUGUGCAGUUUCCCUCUGAUUGUAAAUGCAUCAUAUGGGUUUGGAAUAAGCUUUUGACUGCUGUCAGUUGCUUGUCGGUUUUUUACUGAUGCUUUUUGAGAAAUGGGUUUACAUUAUUGCAGAUGUUUACACAUCUUUUAUGUACUUUGGACAAAUUCUUGAACUUCUGUGAAAAGUGUACCUCAGUUCCUCCCUUUGUUUCACUACUGUAUGAAUAUGUGCUUGUGUGGGGUAGAACUGAUAAUCUUGAACCAGCUGACUGUAGAGCAGAGUUUGAGACGGUCAGCUCACACACAGUGUUUUAUUCUGAAGAUUAAUUCUGAUUUCUGAAGAAAUGUUACUUUCAUUUAGUUAAAAGAUAUUUAAGUAAAACCCUCAAAAUGUUUUCCUCCGGGCCCUUGUAGCUGCCUCUGGAUGGUUUCCUUUGGUGUUGGAAUAAUGCACCUGUAAAUGUGUGUUUGACUAAUGACAGUUGGGUCACUUGUUUUACAUAAGACACUCGUCUAUGCAACUCUGCCUCCCUGGACAUACUGCGGAACAAUCCAGGCCUGGUUGGUUCUGGUUUAGUUCACCCUGCUUCUCAUCCUGACAGGAACUUUACUGUACAACUGGACCUUGUUGUGCUCGGAUGACUUGACCUUUUAUUUCAACAGAAUUUACAGUCCUUGGUUGUUCAUAAUACUAAAGCCAUUUGCUCUAAUGAAAACGUUUUUUUUUUUAAUUAUUAUUAUUGCUGACUUUGUACAUAUCAGGGCUCUGUUUCAAUAAAGGUUGGAAAUACCUCUCCUA